AAAUCGUCAAAUGCGAAAAGCAAAAGUUAAAAAUGACAUAUUCUUAAUUAUUUGAUAUUGAUUUUCAUUAACAUAUCUAUGUAUUAUUUGUUAAAAAUGUUUUUAUUAUUAUGAAAUUUUUUAUCAAAUGGAAGAAUAAAAAGUACUUUACUGUUCUAUCAUUUGACAUUACAUUCAUUUAACUUUCUAGCAAUAUGUUAUCUACCAGAAGGUGACGCCACAAAAAAGCACAAAUACCAUACGUUUUCUGUGUUUUAUUAUUUUAUUCGAUUAAUUUAUUAUAUUAUCAAAAUGAACUUAAAAAAUGUUAAAAAUAGACUAAAAGACGAAACAUUAGAUCUUAGCUUGUGCGACCUGAAAGAAGUGCCUGUUCGAGAAAUCGCAACUAUCAAAAAAGCAACAAUUUUGGAUUUAUCAAAUAAUCUUUUAACAUUUUUACCUAAUACUUUUGUUGAUCUUAAACAAAUAAUUAAAUUGGAUCUUAGUAAAAAUAUGUUGACAGAAAUACCUGAAAAUUUUGGAGAAUUAAGACAACUGAAACAUUUGGAUCUUUAUGCAAAUCAAAUAAGCAGAUUACCACUUAGUUUAAGUGAAUUAAAAAAUUUAAGAUGGUUAGACUUAAAAGAAAAUCCUCUAACUCUUGCUGUAGCUAGUGUUGCUGGUCCCUGUAGUAAUUUGAGUGAAUGUCAAGCUUGUGCUCGCAAUAUUGUUUCUUAUUUAUCAUAUGUUAAAGUUACUAUUGAGGAAGAAAAAUUACGAAGAUUGAAUGCUACUGUUACGGUAGAUACAGAAACAGAUACCAUAUCAACAAAAAAGGGAGGAAAAAGAAAAAAAAAGAAACUGGAAAAAAAUAAUAAACAAAAUUUAGAUAAGAAUGGGUUUAACCUUUUAAAUAAAGUAAAAAAAAUAGAUGAAAAUAAAAUAGAACCUCCAAAAUUGACACUCAAUAAUCAAAUUAAUAAAGAAUAUGGAUUUAAAGAAAAUGUAUAUCAAUUCUUUAUGUCUAUGAUAUUAUGGGUUUUUCUUUUGGGUUUAAUAUUUACACUAAUGAUUACGAUUCUUCCAUUGUAUUCAAAACAAUCAGAAUUGUUUAUAAAUUAUAUAGAAACUAACACAGGUGUAUCUUUAAAGGAAUUUCAAAAAUAUAGUACUAAUAUACUCUAUUCUCUUAAAAAAUUCGUAAUUAAUAUUUGCGAUAAUUUAUAUUUUAUCUAUGAACAAAAUUUUAAAACCGAUAUUUCAAUGAAAUAAUACAUUUUAAAUAUUAUGAAAAAAAUUAAGAUUCUUAAAUAUUUAAAUUUCAAUGAUCAAAUUUAUUGAAUGUAAUAAUUUUAUAAGAUGUAGAUGUAAAAUAUAAUUAAUGAAUAAAAUUUAUUAUUGUUGAUACUUUUAAAGCCAAUGAGGAACUGAAUGUCUUCGUAUUAUGUUGUAUUAAAAUCACAUAUGCGAAUCAAAAAAUGUUAUUUAUUUUGAAAAAUAAAAGAUUAAUACAGAUAUAUUAAAA